AUGACAUCGCCACUUAGUGGAUACGAUGUCCUUUACACAAUUGGAAUGAGUUCCCAUGGAAAAUGCCAGAAGAUACGACGGAAAUCCGAUGGAAGAGUUCUGGUGUGGAAAGAGACUUGUUAUGACACUUUGACGGAAAGCGAGACCGAGACGCUGAUGUCCGAAGGGAAAUUCCUGAAGAACCUGAAGCACCCAAACAUUGUGAGAUGUUACGACUACAUCGUCGACAGCACUAACACCAAGCUGUACAUUGUUAUGGAAGACUGCAUGGGUGGCAACCUGGCUAGCCUUAUUGCCUCUUCAGCAAGAGAAAAACGUCAUUUGGAUGAACAGUUCAUCGUGCGAGUCAUCACCCAGCUCACAUCAGCCCUCAAAAAGUUUCACAGGAAGAGUGAAAGCAGGUCCAACUUCCUUCAUCCCAACUUAAAACCGGACAACAUUUUCCUGGAUAGCGAGCAGAAUGUAAAGCUUGGAAAUCUCUCCUACACACCCACGGUGAGUAACAUACGGUCACUGGGCUGUUUGCUGUACGAGUUAUGUACUCUCCGCCGUUAUUUUCCUGGGCCAGAACAAAAAGUACUCACAAAGAAGGCAACAGGGACAUUCAUAAGAAUCCCUGAACAGUACUCCAACGAACUAAGCAUAUUGCUUAACAGCAUGCUCAGUUUGACAGACUACCUGAGACCAUCAUUGGAAUCCCUCCUCCAAAGCAAUGUGCUGGCUAAAACAGUCAUUGAGGAAGCAAAGAAGGAGCAGGUGCUGCAUCAGAGGCAUGUAGAGCAAGUUAAGAAGAAUAAGAGGGUACGGCUUGCUCGCAAAAACAAGGAAAACCUUCCACCUGGUGAUCCUCAACUUGUGACACUCCAGAACAUUGCUAUAAAACUUCAUACUGACAGUCAACAUGCAAGCCAAGUGAACAAAGAUUGGAAUGUCUAUUGCCUUCGUUUGUGA